AUGGCGCCGCCGCCGUACCAGUUUGUCGCUCAGCUGACGUCUCCGGGGGUCGCUGCGGACUCGUGUCUGCUCACCGCCACCCGCGCGGUGGUGUCACCUCGGGAGCAGCGCCACCCCGCGCGGCGGUGUCACCUUGGGAGCAGCACCACCCCACGCAGUGGUGUCACCUUGGGAGCAGCACCACCCCACGCGGUGGUGUCACCCCGCGAGCAGCACCACCCGCGCGGUGGUGUCACCCCGCGAGCAGCACCACCCCACGCGGUGGUGUCACCCCGCGAGCAGCACCACCCCACGCGGUGGUGUCACCCCCGCGAGCAGCACCACCCCACGCGGUGGUGUCACCCCGCGAGCAGCACCACCCGCGCGGUGGUGUCACCCCGCGAGCAGCACCACCCGCGCGGUGGUGUCACCCCGCGAGCAGCACCACCCCACGCGGUGGUGUCACCCCGCGAGCAGCACCACCCCGCGCGGUGGUGUCACCCCGCGAGCAGCACCACCCCACGCGGUGGUGUCACCCCGCGAGCAGCACCACCCCACGCGGUGGUGUCACCCCGCGAGCAGCACCACCCCACGCGGUGGUGUCACCCCGCGAGCAGCACCACCCGCGCGGUGGUGUCACCCCGCGAGCAGCACCACCCCACGCGGUGGUGUCACCCCGCGAGCAGCACCACCCCACGCGGUGGUGUCACCCCCGCGAGCAGCACCACCCCACGCGGUGGUGUCACCCCCGCGAGCAGCACCACCCCACGCGGUGGUGUCACCCCGCGAGCAGCACCACCCCCACGCGGUGGUGUCACCCCCGCGAGCAGCACCACCCGCGCGGUGGUGUCACCCCGCGAGCAGCACCACCCCACGCGGUGGUGUCACCCCGCGAGCAGCACCACCCCACGCGGUGGUGUCACCCCGCGAGCAGCACCACCCCACGCGGUGGUGUCACCCCGCGAGCAGCAUCACCCGCGCCGCCGCCUUCGCAAAAAUGGCGACCCCAGAGCGUAA